AAAAUAAGGUACUGGUAAAUCAGAUUAUCUGCCCAGGUCAGUAACAGCCAGCAGUGAUAUCCAGAUCUCCUAGCUGAAAGGUCUGUGACUCAUGUCAUCAGGCCUUCACCUGUGCUUGAACGGAUAUAGUGGAGGUGGGAGGGAAACCAGCCAUGGCCUUUUUACAAACUGUAAAGGACAAAAAGAUUAGACCUAUAGCAAUGAUGUGGAUAAAACCUACAUAUCCACAAUUUCCAUUUUACAAUUCCCUACCACGGUUAAGAAGCAGGUGCUCCAUAGCCUUCAGGAGAAGGAGGACAAUACAGCACAGACCUAAACUUGAAAAAUAAAAUUAUAAAAGUCCUGUUUCAAACUAGAAACAUGAUAAAGGCAAUCUAUUAAUUUCGGGCUUUUUAGAACUUUAAAAGAAUCUCUGUUUGCACCGAUCAAAACACUUCUGCAUUUCUAACUCUUCACUUUCCUGCUUUCCCAGCUCCACAAAGGCUGUCUAAAACAAAAAGAGAAGAUAAUAGGCACUUUGCACUGUUCCUGACAACUUCUCUUCUUUCCUGCUCUCUUAAAACCUCUGAUUUGUGCCCUCUGCUUUCUUGUUGCCAUGGAGAAGGUCCAAUACUUAACCCGCUCUGCUCUGAGGAGAGCCUCAACUAUUGAGGUGAACCCACAAGCACGCCAAAGGCUCCAAGAGCUCUUUGUGAAUUUCUGCCUGAUUUUAAUUUGCCUCUUGCUGAUCUGUAUCAUUGUGAUGCUCCUCUGAAGUUCCAGCACUUCUCUGCACUGUCCUCUAGGAGAGUCACCCCCAGAGGGAAGAGACCUACACUGCAACUCCCAAUGCAAGGAUCCCCUCCUGAGGGGGGCUAGCACUUGGACUAGAGCUGUAUGCCAACCAUUGCACUAUCUCUUACUACCUGCUACAUGUAUUAAAAACACACUACUUCUGUACAGAACAGUGUUUAGAGCCUGUUGUUACAAAGCUGUGCAUGACCUAAUUUAUGUCUCAAUCAAGAGAUGUCUUUUCUGACUGGGGUAAAGUACCUGCUCUUCAUGGAGUUGGUAAGUUCCUCAAUGUUUUAGCUACGUCACACAAAUGGCAACUUCACUU